AGUACACGAAGUGUAUGGGCUACAAUCGCUGACAUCCUGCACUGGCUGUCAGUUUAAACUGCUACUCUCUCAUGUGACGUCAAUUGUUUUUUGCAAAUUUAGGCAAAAUUUACUUAAAUUGUGCACAAUUGAAUUUAAUUCGUGUUAGUCUAAUAUCAAUUUGCGAGAUUAUGAAUAUUUCGUGAGAGAAAAAAAUCAACUUUCCAAGAGUGUUGAGUUCCUUGAGUUCCAGUGACACUAGUUAGUUUUUUAGGAAAAAUGACGCCUACUCCUAGUGGAAAGGUGUUGGAAGGGACGGCCUAUAAAACAACGGACAACAUGAAGUCCGACGCAAUAUUAGAAAAACCAAAAAAUGAUUAUAAAAAAAGUGAUCAUAAAAUGGAAUUAGUUUGGAACAGAAUCGCUAUUUUAGCGUAUUUUCAUUUGGCUGGAAUUUAUGGGAUGUAUCUCAUGUGUACCAAAGCCCAUAUUUUGAGUCCAUUAAUCAUGUACGGAUUUGUCGUUUUGACCGGAUUGGGAACGGGAGCCGGCUGUCAUAGACUUUGGAGCCACAGAGCUUACAAGGCCAAGCUACCAAUGAAAAUAAUUAUGAUGUGCCUUCAGACAAUAGGAUAUCAGGGUCAUAUCUAUGGUUGGGUGAGAGACCAUCGAGUGCACCACAAAUUUGUCGAUACCGAUGCUGACCCACACAACUCGAAGAGGGGCUUCUUUUUCUCCCACAUGGGAUGGUUGAUGGUCCGAAAACAUCCUGACGUAAAAAGGAAGGGUGCAACUGUCGACAUCAGUGAUCUUAAAAAGGAACCCGUAGUGAUGUUCCAAAAAAAAUACUACCUACCAAUGGUAGGAGUUUUUUGCUUCACGAUACCAUCAAUGGUUCUUCACUACGUAUGUGGAGAAACAUGGUUUGAUGCCUAUCAUAUGUCUGUCUCGAAAUUCUUAUGGAGCACACAUUUAACGUGGCUCAUCAAUUCUGGUGCUCACAUGUGGGGAGCUAGACCAUACGACCAAACUAUGACCGCCAGAAAUAAUCUAGCACUUGCAGUAGCUGUUGUUGGUGAAGGAUGGCACAAUUAUCAUCACGUUUUCCCUUGGGACUACAAGAGUUCGGAAUUGGGAAAUUACAAAACAAAUACACCCACUGCUUUUAUAGACUUUUUUGCAUGGCUGGGUCUUGCUUAUGAUUUGAAGACAGUUCCAACAAGCAUGAUUAAUAAGCGAGCUCUCAGAACUGGAGAUGGUUCAAGAAACAGUCAAUUUAUUGAUGACAAUAAACCUGAUCUUACAGAUGACACUGUGUGGGGAUGGGAUGAUAAAGACAUGAACGAACAGGAUAAAAAAUUGGCUUUAAUUCUUAACAAAGAACAUUAAUAUCACUCUAAAAAAUUUCAUUAAAUUCAUAAGAGUUUUCACGUAUUUAUGAUUUUUUUUGUCACGUAACUUUAAGAAAAUAUUCCUUAGUGCUUUUUUCCAAUUAAUUAGGAAAUUUUGUCAUAAAUUAAUUUUGAUAUGAUUCUAUAUAAAAUGUUUUAGAUUAUUCAAAUUAUAAAUUAAUUAACACAAAAAAUAGUUGUCGUACAAUAAGAUUUCCAAAUUAUAAUAUAUUUAUGAUUUGUUCUAGAGAGAAAGUUUCAAUUAUUAUAAUAAUUAAGCCAUUAUAUCAGUUUAUAUUCAUAAUUAUCAUACACUAACAGAUAAGAAAUAUUUGACACUGUCGAAUAAAUUGUAGAAGUUAAAAAAUAAAUUCCACUAUCAUUAGAAAAUAAAGAUGUAAUGUAAAAGCUGUGAGGUUGCUUUUAUAGAAUCAAUACACAAUAGGCAAGCACACAAGUUAUACUACUUUUUUUUUAAUAUAUUCACUAUUUUACAUUUUGUCAUAACGGUGAUUGUUGGGAUAUUUCAAAAAUAACAACAUCAUAAAUGGAUAUAGAAUAUUUAUUAUAUCUAGCAGAAAUGUAUAAUAAUUUCAUGCUUUGAGCUUCAUUGUAUAUUUAAUAUCCACACCAUUUAUAAUAGGGACUUUAAGUUCCAAUUAAAAAAAACCUUAAAAGUAAAA